AUGAUUGAUAAGAGUUGGAUUCAUAAAUCAAUUACAUCAACAGAGUAUAAAUGCGGGGUUGAAGAAUUUUUAGAGUUUGCCUUUGCUAGAGCUGCUAUAAAUGGAAAAAUUAUAUGUCCAUGCAUCAAAUGUGGGUUCAACAAUAUGGGGACGAGAAUUGAAGUAUUAACUCAUUUACUACAAAAAGGAUUUCCAGAAAAGUAUACUUCUUGGUAUAUGCAUGGAGAAACUAUACUCCAGCCGGAAGAAGAACUAUUGGGUCAUAAUCAGACAGAACCUGUUGAAAAACCACCACUGCAUGAUAUGUUGACUGAUGUUUUCGGUAUAGAUGAUAUCAACUAUGAAGGUGAUGAUGAUGAGCCCUUUGCUUCGAGAACUGAUUCCGUUCCAAUGCCGUCGGAAAAUGACACUAACGAGGAUUCAAGAAGAAUUACAGAGUUGCUAAAAGAUGGAAAUCGUAAAUUAUAUCCUGGGUGCGCAAAAUAUACCAAGUUAUCAUUUAUUGUUGAGUUGUAUCAUAUCAAGGUGUUGUGCGGUGCUACUGACAAGACAUUCUCCAUGAUAGUCGAUCUUCUCAACAAUGCUUUUUCCCAUGCUAACUUGCCCACUUCAUUUUAUGAAGCCAAAAAAAUGAUUAAAUUGUUAGGUUUGGGAUACGAGAAAAUUCAUGCAUGUCCAAAUAACUGUAUGCUCUUUUGGGGAAAAGACAAUGAGAAAAAAAAUAAAUGUGUGGUUUGUAACGCAUCUCGAUAUAAAGUUGAAGAGAACACCAGCAGCAAUACGGAAGUUGUGGAAACAAGUCAAGAUCAAAAGAAAAAGAUACCAGCAAAGGUGUUGAGGUACUUUCCUCUUACUCCUAGAUUAAGAAGGUUAUACAUGUCCUCUAAGACAGCAAGACUAAUGCGCUGGCAUUCGGAGUUUCCUAAUUCAGAUGGAAAGUUAAAGCAUCCUAGAGAUAGCAAGGCAUGGAAAGAUUUUGAUUUAUUACAUCCAGAAUUUGCUAAAGAUCCUCGUAACAUAAGGCUCGCUUUAGCAACCGAUGGCUUCAAUCCAUUCGGGACUCUCAGUUCAAACAUUAGCAUUUGGCCAGUGAUGCUAUAUAUAUACAACUAUCCUCCAUGGUAUUGUGUUGAUGUCUACGAUUCUGUUGAUGGUAACAAUUUUCGUAUGCAUGCUGCACUAUUUUGGACUAUUAGUGAUUUUCCAGGUCUUGAUAAUCUGUCUGGGUGGAAUACACAUACGAGCCUCGCUUGUCCAUCAUGUAACUUCGAUACAGUCUCCAGAAGGUUGAAGUUUGGCAUGAAGUAUUGCUUUAUGGGACAUCGUCGAUGGUUACCCGAUGAUCAUGAGUAUAGGCACAAUAAACACUCUUUUGAUGGCCAUACAGAACUAAGAGGCCCACCUCCGACGUUAUCAGGCAGAAGGAUUUUGUCCCAAAUUGAGAGUAGUCGAAAAAGACCUCAAGAUGCACUCAACGAUGGCAACAUCCCACUACAAUGGAAAAAGAGGAGUAUUUUCUGGGAUUUACCAUAUUGGAAGGAUAAUCUUGUUCGUCAUUGUCUUGACAUGAUGCACAUAGAGAAAAAUGUGUGUGAUAAUGUGCUUUUUACUAUACUUGAUGACAAACAAAGGACUAAAGACAACUUGCAAGCUCGUAAGGACUUGCAGUUGAUGGGAAUCAGAGAACAACUCCAUCCAUAUCCUAAUUCUUCCAAGUACCCUGCCUCAUGCUUUAGAAUGAAAAAUAUUGACAAGGAUAUUUUUCUAGGUGUUCUAAAGAGUGUCUCUUUUUCAGAUGGUUACUCUUCAAAUAUUUCUAGAUGUGUCGAUAUUAAAAAACGAAAGGUAAGCGGUCUAAAGAGCCAUGAUUCACACAUUCUUCUAGAACAUAUCUUGCCAAUUGCACUUAGAAGAUCCUUGCCGAAGGAGGUUAUAUCUGUGCUUAUCGAGCUGUGCAACUAUUUUAGAGAAGUCUCAGGCAAAUCAUUAUCACUAGAGAAUUUAGAAAGACUACAACAACGAAUUGUUUUGACGCUUUGUCACAUGGAAAUGAUAUUUCCUCCAGCAUUUUUCACUAUUAUGGUUCAUCUAGUUAUUCAUCUGGUAGAGGAAGCAAUGAUUGCAGGUCCAGUGCAGUAUAGAUGGAUGUAUCCUGUUGAAAGGGCCCUGGGACAUUUAAAAUCUUAUGUCCGUAACAAGGCUGCACCGGAAGGGUGCAUAGCUGAAGGUUACAUAAUAGAGGAAUGUCUAACUUUCUGCUCUAGAUAUUUGGAGGAUGGUAAUAUUGAGACAAGGUUCAACCGACCAAGGCGCAACGAUGACCAAAAUGAAAACACUUCUAGUAGUUGCUCUACUGUCUUAUCUAAGAUUUUUCCAGCCUUAGGAAUAUCUCGUGGAGCUCAUAAGAUUUGUUCGUUAACACCAACAGAGAAAUUGCAGGCCCAUCGUUAUGUGUUGACAAAUUGUUCACUGGUGGACAAGUUUCGCGAAUGUGAGAUUGCCAGAAUAUACCGUGGUAGAAAAAAUGCAACCAAGCUCGUUGAAGAAUACAUCCAUGCCAAAUUCCAUGAGUGGUUUAGGGAUUAUGUUGCAAAACACAAUGAUCCAGAUAUCACUCCCGAAAUCAAGUGGCUUGCAGAAGGGCCUAAUGAUAUUGUGAAGAGGUUUGAGGAGUUUAAUGUUCAUGGGUUCAAGUUUCAUACAAUGAAGAAAGAUCAAGGCCUUAAAACACAAAAUUGUGGCGUGGUUAUGUCUGCUAUUACUAAUAGUGUUUCAAAUGGCAGGAACCCUAUUAUAGUAGCAAGCGACAACACAUACUAUGGUAAAGUGGGAAUCAAGAUAGAUCAAUUUGGGAUUACAAGUGUAAAUUUUUCUAACUUGAUACACACCGGUGAUAAUGAAACAGAUGAGCCAUUUAUUCUUGCAACAGAUGCAAGAAUGGUUUACUAUGUUGAUGAUCCAGUUGAUGAAGGUUGGUGUUCUGUUUGUCAUAUGAAACCCAGAGAUUUAUAUGAUAUGGGGGAUUUGAAUGAGGAGGAAUUAGAUGAAUCUUUGGUGGAAGGCAUACCAUUUUGUGAGCAACAAGUAGAGAAUCUUAAAGAGUUUCAAUUGACGAGGGACGAGAUUGAUGAAGCAGAUCAGGAUGAAAUGCAUGUUGACGAAAAUGAUGAUAAUGACUGCGAUGAUGAUGAUGAAAUAGAUAAUUUAGACAAUAUUUGA